CCAGUUGUUAUUUAUAAUACAGUGCCCGUUGCUCGUGUGUUCAUAAAUCAUGUUUUUACUAGCUUUUUUAAUUAUUAACUUUACCUUUGCCUUUCUUAUAUGGGUGUACUGUAAACUCACAUGCGGUGUGUGUAGGAGUAGUAGACAUUUGGUGGGGAAGACUGUUAUUGUGACUGGAGGGAAUGGUGGGAUCGGUUAUGAAACGGCCAAGGAUUUGGCGGCACGCGGCGCAAGGGUAAUACUUGCGUGCAGGAACGAGACCCGCGGCCUCACAGCCAAGGACCAGAUUAUUUCUGCUACUGGAAACCCUGACGUCCACUACAGACACCUCGACCUAGCAUCACUAGAAUCGGUCAGAUCUUUCGCAGACAACAUCCUCAAAACCGACAAACGUCUCGACGUACUCGUGAACAACGCAGGCUGUUAUGGAUCAAAAUUCGAGAAAUCUGAAGACGGAUUACUCCUAGAAAUGCAGAGCAACCAUUUCGGACCCUUUCUACUCACUAAUUUACUACUCCCCCUGCUAAAAUCAUCGGCACCAAGUCGCAUAGUGAAUGUUUCAUCGUACGGACACAACAUGGGUGGUGUCAUUGACUUCGAUAACUUAAACGCGGAAAAGGAAACUAAAGAAACAUAUAGCCAAUUUAAGGUGUACGGUAUUACAAAGUUGUGUAACAUAUUAAUGACAGUAGAAUUGGAAAGGCGUUUGAGAGGAACGGGUGUGACGACAAAUUCUUUACACCCUGGAGUUAUUGCCACUGGCAUAGGAGCUCACGUACGACUGAUGAGAUUGAUAGUAUUUUUGUUGACGCCAUUUUGCAAAACGGCAUGGGAAGGAGCGCAGACCACGAUCCACCUGGCCGUGGCGCCGGAGCUCUCUGAUGUAAGUGGCCGGUAUUUUAGAGAUUGUAGAGAAGUGAAGCCGAGUAAAGCUGCUCAAGAUACUGAGCUUGCGCGAAGACUUUGGGAUGAAUCGGAGAGGCUCGUUGAAUUACAAAUAACGACAUAGUCGCUAGUCGAUUAUUUUAUUCAAAUAACGGGAUCAGAUCACUACUAACAUUUUUUUAUGCAAUUGGAUUUGUGAAUUGGUUCCAUAUUAUCAUAAUGAAAGACGAUUUGUUUUAUAUAGUUACUUAUUUAUUUCACAACUUGCGAAAUUAGUAUGAAUAAUCGAGUUUUUUUUAAAUGUUGUGUGCACUGUAAAACAUUUCAUGUUCAAGGGUUAUUGUGUUCAUUAAAACAUUUUUGCUAAUUAUAUUACAAGGACAAACAGGCUAUUAAUUGUAAAAUAAUUGGUCGAUGUUAGUUAUGGUUGGUGAAAUAUAAAUUAAGCCAAUCUCUCGAAUACUUUGAACGCGUUAAAUCGGUAUAUAUUGAUGUCGUUAACAAGUAUGUAUUAAACACUAACCGCCGUAUUCAUAAAAGUAUUCAAAAGUUAUCAAGCCGAUAAAGUUCGUUUGCCCUUUUCUAUCACACGUACCUCGGAAAGGGACAACGAACUAUAUCGGCUUCAUAACCUUAGAGCACGUUUAUGAAUAAGGGGGUAAUUAUUUAUUAUUGACGUAUUUGCUAGUCUGUGGCCAAAAGUAAGCCCUUUUAUAAUAAAAAAGAGUAAGUAAAUGUAUAUAUUGAAAUAUUUAAAUGGUUUGUUUUUUAUUGACAUAUCCUAUUUUCGCCUCAGUUUUUUGUACGCAGUAAUAAUUUUUGAAGGUUAUUCUUGUUUAGUUUUUAUCUUCAAAUUUAAUAAAAAAAUAUUAAAAAUA